AUGCAAAAGUCUAUUUCUGUGUUUAAGCUCUUUGGAAUUGUUAGUCAGGUUUUCGAAAAGCCUGAGUUCUUUCAGAGGUUGGAAGAAGAUGAGUGGAGAGGCAUAAUUAUAAGAGCUCAGUUGAGCAAGGGAACCUGCAACAUUGUAAUACUUGCUUGGGAGGUUAGAGCAGUAUCAGUAAGAUAUGGAGGAAUAUCAGCUAUAAACAUUUCUGGACUUGAGUAUUUUGAGGAAGCUAAAGCAUUAUUAGGAAGAAAUGAAUAUUGUAAAGGAGACAUAGAAGUUGAAGGAAUAGAUAUUGCUCUAGUGAAUCCGAAGAUUAAACUCACCCUUACUAGAGCAUGCCAACAUUGUUGGAUAUAUGCCUAUAGAAGCUGUCAACUUUCCUCUGAAAGCAUAUUUCUUAAAGCAAAGUAAUUGCAGUCUUGGGAGGCUUACAGAGUUGCAGGUACCUG